CGAACAUCAAAAAUCUCCGUCCCAUUGUGUCAUGGCCAUGGCGAUGUCCUCGGUCUUGCGGGCCAGUGAGGAGCGUUCGGUCCAAAGUGGAAGUCCGACGCGGCGUUCCCUGGCAUCUGCUGGCCGCAGGGCCAUGCUUGAUGAGAGUGGCCUCGAUGGGGUCCCUGAUGUGACCCUCGAUGAGUUGGACCCAUCGCUGCAAGACGGCCAUCGGGUGGCCUACGAUCGAGAAGUUCCCUUUGAGCUGCGAGUGCAGGACGCUGAUGCUCGCCCUCAGGAGGUGGGCACAUUGGAGGCGAUCCGCUGCAAGAUCUUAGCUCUAGGAGACGAUCUGAACCCUCAGCACUGCAGGUUUGAAGUCACCAGCGAAAACGAUCUCUUUUUUCAUUUCACCCACAGCGUGGACGAGAACAAUUUCCGCGAGAUGCAGGAGAAGCAAAAACUGAUGAUCGACUUUUCGGACUAUGUGGCCGUGAUCAUCAAGAUGCUCAACAACUGCAUCAAGGAGCCGCAAAGCUUCCUGGCCGUCUUCGUGAUGCAACGCGACGGCCAAGCGCGACUGGACUUCAUCCAAAACAUGGAGUACAAGUUUGUGGAGCUUCUUUCGCUGAGCUUCGAUGCUUCCCCAGAGGAGGUGGUGAGACAGCAAAUCACCUUCCGGUACAACAGUGUCAAAGGCCGACUUGCCUUGAUGCAGUCCAAACUGCACGACAUGAGCGCGUUGGUUAAGGUGAAGAAUCCUUCGCUUCUGCUUCAGUUGCAGAAUCAGAAGGCUGGAGCCAGGGCGCCGAAGCGUUGAGGGCGGAGCCAGCGUUCCGUUUUUUGGGGACGUUUUACCCAUGAAAAUCUG